AUGGCGGGCAAGCGCAAGAACAAGAAGAACGGUCACACUCAUCGGAAGAAAGGGAAGAACCGGUCCAAGGAUGAAAGGGCUGUGUGGGCACGACAGCAACAACAGCAAGCUGCCUUGCAGACUCCCCAUGCAGUCACUCCUCAUGUCAACACUGGUCAUUUCCACAAUGAAGAUAUUGAUGAUGUGCUUCGUCCUCCUGCCGCCUCUCUUCGCUCUGCUGCUCGCAAGCCAACCACGGAGCAACCGGAUGAUGAACGACUGAAUGAACUCUUGGGUCCCCCUUCGGAUGAUGAGCAUGAGCCUCCUUCUGACGAUGAUGAUGCUGCAGUAGCAGACCUUCGUCUCACUCCUGAAGAGAUGGAAUCUUUCCUGAGUCAGCAAUCCUUUCUUCACCAUGACCGUUCAGAGCGCAUUGCAACUUACCACCUCUAUUGCCGGGUGCACAACUUCCCUUCGGAUUGGACUGGAAAGGGGAGUACUGGAUUGGCAAUCAAGGACGCUCUUGGGAUGAAGACGCGGAAGCCAAUCAAGAAUAUCUUCGGAGACAUCAACUACUGUGCCAAGAACGACCUUGAGUAUGUUGGUCAGCGAUUCUAUUCACGGUUCAAGCCCGUCAAGAUUCCUGAUGGCUCCAAAGCUGCUGAGACUAUCGCUACUUUGAUUGAGUCACGAGGAGACAGUCUCCGAAUUGCAACCGACACACUCAAUGAAUGUCGAAUUGAUGAUGGUGUGGAGCCGUACUCUGAUUCCGCUGUCCUUGCUACUUCGACUCGGCGCGGAGAAGGAGACGGAGCUUCACGACCUGUUCGAGCUUCCACCUUCCGUCCUGGAGGUGCCCGAGACUCUUUUGGACGAAGAGGAGCUCAAGUUAUAUGA